AUGGCAGGUCGUCGAGCAGUAGCACGUCGUGCUCUACAGAGCGUCUAUCUCCAACAACCUGGGGUCAGCCGGCCAGCAUUGGCAAGCACACUACGACUCGGUCAAACAGUCAACACAUGCAAAUUGGGAGGCAGGAGGCUCCAUGUCUCUGCAAGACAGUUGCUGCCUGCUACUGCUUCAGCCCUCGCGUCCACCGCUACAGACUACCCCACCACUCACGAGCAGAUCCAACAACCCAUCGACACCCAGAACUUCCUCGACAACAAGUUCGUAGCCUCCAACGCCACGCAAUGGAUUGAUUUACAUGAUCCUGCGACAAACAACCUCGUCACCCGCGUCCCUCAAUCUACCGAUGAAGAGCUCAAGGCCGCAGUGGCGUCUGCCGAGAAGGCUUUCCCGGCCUGGAAGGCCACAAGUUUACUGCACAGACAACAGAUCAUGUUCAAGUUUGUCCAUUUGAUCAGAGAGCACUGGGACCGUUUGGCUGCUUCAAUCACUCUGGAGCAGGGCAAGACCUUUGCCGAUGCCAAGGGUGAUGUCCUCCGUGGACUGCAGGUCGCAGAAACAGCAUGUGGCAUCACGACCCAGCUCACUGGCGAGGUCCUCGAAGUCGCCAAAGAUAUGGAAACAAGAUCAUACAAGGAGCCUCUCGGUGUCGUUGCUGCCAUCUGCCCCUUCAACUUCCCCGCCAUGAUUCCUCUGUGGGUCAUCCCUACCGCUACCAUCACCGGCAACACUGUUGUGGUGAAGCCUUCCGAGCGCGAUCCUGGUGCCAUGAUGAUUCUCUGUGAGCUUGCAGAGAAGGCUGGCUUCCCUCCUGGCGUCAUCAAUGUCGUCCACGGUGCUGCAAAGACCGUCGAUUUCAUGAUUGACGAACCCGCCAUCAAGGCCAUCAGUUUCGUCGGCAGCAACAAGGCUGGUGAAUACAUCUUCACCCGUGGCUCUGCCAACGGCAAGCGUGUCCAAGCCAACCUGGGUGCAAAGAAUCACGCUGCUGUGCUUCCCGACUGCAACAGAAAUGCCACCAUCAACGCCAUUGCAGGUGCUGCUUUCGGUGCCGCUGGCCAGCGCUGCAUGGCUCUCUCCACCGUCGUCUUCGUCGGCGACACCAAGAGCUGGGUUGACGAUAUUGCCGACCGCGCAAAGGCUCUCAAUGUCAAUGGAGGUUUCGAGAAGGAUGCCGAACUCGGCCCUGUCAUCAGCCCUCAAGCAAAGGAGAGAAUCGAGUCCAUGAUUGGCUCUGCUGAGAAGGAAGGCGCUACCAUUGUUCUCGAUGGCCGUGGUUUCAAGCCUGAGAAGUACCCCAACGGCAACUUUGUCGGUCCUACCAUCAUUACAAAUGUCACCAAGGACAUGACUUGCUACAAGGAAGAAAUCUUUGGUCCUGUGUUGGUGUGUUUGUCAGUAGACACACUCGAGGAAGCCGUCGAUCUCAUCAAUGCCAACGAAUACGGCAACGGGGUCGCCAUCUUCACAAACUCGGGCUCCACAGCCGCCCGCUUCCAACGCGACAUCGAAGCCGGCCAAGUCGGCAUCAACGUACCCAUCCCCGUCCCUCUCCCCAUGUUCUCCUUCACCGGCAACAAAAAGUCCGUAGCUGGAGGCGGUGCAAGCACUUUCUACGGAAAGCCGGGUCUUGCAUUCUUCACCCAGACAAAGACAGUCACGAGUUUGUGGAGGAGCGAGGACGCUAUUGCGACCAAGGCUGAGAGUGUUAUGCCUACCAUGCGUUAA